GCGUGCAAGAGGCCGUAACAUAGAGUCGCACCAGUUACUGACUGAAGAGAAGAAAGAAGUCAUAAUCCCACUGUAGUCGUCUAAGGCCCUGUAUCUAUGAACAUGGACCAGAGCAACUCCGACAACACGAGGACGCCGCCUACGGCCAGCGGCGUGACUAAUCAACCCACGACGCUUGCCGGUUUGACUCGAAACCCGUCUACGGCCUCGACUUCUCCUUUGUUGACUGCUCUUUUGGAUUCGGAAUCGGCUGUGGACGUGGCCUCGACAAUGACUCCGCCUCCGUAUCCGGCUUCGGCGGCGGCCGCGCAUGCGAAUCCGGCUGCACAUCCAUUUGCUGCUCUGGCUACAACGACGGAUUCGGCAACGCACGUCGCUUCGACUACUGCGGCUGAAGUUAUGGCCGUGCCCCCAACCCCUGCCAGUGCCGCUGCUGCUGCUGCUGCCGCCGAACCUAUCAACGAAAAUGUUUCUACGAACUUCAGAUGGAACACAAGUUGGGCAUACUUGGAGCGCCAGGAAGCGGCUACGAGGCAAGCGCCAAUAAGACAACGUCCCCUGCAAAGGCCUCUGGACGAUGACCGAAACGCCCGUGUCGUGCGAGGAACGUACUACGCCAAGGCUUACCCGUGCGACCACUGUCGCUACCACUUCGACGUUCACCUAGACCGACGGGAGGCCUUGGUAAACUGGUUCAAGGACAGCGACAACCUAGACUACCACGUGUUGUUUCUGUUGAGCGUGCUGUUCGCCACCGCCCUGUCGAUGUCCCUCACGUUCGCGUGGCUCGAAGCCUCCCACCGGGCGGCCAACUGGCCCCUGUGGCUGACUGUACCUCUGGGGAUCGCCUUGGCCGUGCACAGCUGCGUGUGGGCAUGCGUGGCUCUCUACUGCCUGUGGCAGUACCCCAAGGCGUUCUGGAGAUGGAAGAACCAGACGCUGCCGCUGGUCGCCCAGCAUUUCAUGCGCAUGACCACGACGUCCGAUCCGGCGGCUGACGAAAUGCCGUAGCAUGAAGCCCGAGGUCGUGCGUUAUCAGAAGACGCAGUGACCGGAGAAUUCGCACUAACUCCCGCGUAUCUAA